AUGAGCCUCAUGCACCACAGGUCUACGACUGAAGGAGAAAUGACGACGUUCGAAGGCGCAGAAGUUCAACGAGCAAUUACAGACGACAUAAGAAUCGCAAACAUGUUUUGCCCGAGAGUCUCAACGCCUAUGGUUUACCUUAGAAGUAGGAUAAGCCAUCUGACGGAUCUUAAGGUUAAAGACCGAAAAAGAUACAGACGCUCCGGGCCUUUGCAUCAGAUCAAAAGACUUUUGAGAGCCAUCGGUCCUAGACACAAAAUCAAAGCUUAUCAUACCUCUCUUGGUUAUGUGCCGGGGACAGGUUAUGGAGGGGCUGGAGGGGCUGGAUGUGGGGGAAUGGGAGGAAUGGAGGAAGAAAAUGUCGACCGCACUUCACAAGUUCAAUAUUCGGAAGAGGAAUGCCCCGCUCCCCUCCUUGAUGCUCGUCAUUACGAAAAGGAGGAGGUUGGUUUCCAUGCCAGUUCCGUGUCCAAGGACCACGGGGAGCAGUCGAAUCUUAGCGAUGAGAUACAUCCUGCAGUCCCUGUUGGGAUUUCGCUUCGAGCAAACCGCUCUCCUUCCGUUUCUUCGGUCGUCGCUCCUUCUCCUGGCCCUCCGACGCAGGAUGGACGCCGCCCAGGCCCUGCCGAGUUCAAGAAUUCUCGUGAAAAUCGGCCCUUGUGGCUCGUUGAGCGCUUUGCUUGCAAGUCGGAGGUUCACUCCGAUGAGUCCCUUCCCUCUUUGCCUUCAAGCACGACUGAUGUAAGAGAACCAAGUGAAAGGGAAGAUGACAUGGAAGGCAUAGUGAGCGAGCUUUUGGAUAGAUAUACGGCUGCGUGA